AUGACCGGUAGCCAUUUUGAUAUCCAACUUCAUGGAUUCGGUGAUUCUAGCAAUCAAGGAGUCAGUGCUGUUGUAUACGCGCUUGCCAAACAAGACUCCGGGGACACCCAAAGGUUAGUGGCUGCAAAGUCUCGCCUGGCGAAACGUGGACUUACCAUACCUCGGCUAGAAUUUGUCGUUGGUCAUAUGACAGAAAACCUGGUUAGCAACGUGGCGAAGGCGAUCGGUGAAGAAAGAGUGUCACAGCAACAUGCAUGGAUUGACAGUACAGUCGGUCUGUAUUGGAUACGAGGUAUGGGGGAGUACCGACAGUUUGUGGCUAAUCGUGUCAUAAAAAUUCAAGCUCACUCCAACAUCGAAUGGCAUCACGUUCCUACUUCAGAGAACCCUGCUGACAUAGGUAGCAGAGGAGGGCAGCCGACAGAGAAAUGGCUAAAUAGUCCAACGUGGCUUGGUUUACCGUGCAAGCAAGAACAUUGAAAGGAAAGCUUACUUAGUGGUUUUCGCGUGCAGCCUCACACGAGGAGUACACCUAGAACUGUUAAAGAGCCUUGAAACUGAAGACUUUCUACAAAGUUUUAAACGCGUUAUUGCCCGACAAGGAAGACCUUCAGUCGUGUAUUCCGACAACGAAGCCAUCUUUAAAGCGGCAGUGACAUUGCUAAGGAAAGUUUGGAAAGAAGAGAAAUUCUACGAAGCUCUUUGCAAGCUUGAGAUUGUUUGGCGAUUCAACCUCGCGAAAGCACCAUUGUGGGGUGGUCAAUACGAGCGCCUCAUUGGUAUCUUCAAAUCUAUGUUUCGUAAGACAAUUGCGGGUGGACUCUUGUCCUUUUCUGAACUAGAAGAAAUCGUGCUCGACGUAGAAGUGUGCAUGAACAACCGUUCCCUAACGUACUUGGAGGAUGAUCCUCAGCUGCUUGUCUUCACACCAAACUCGUUUCUGUUCCAACGACCAACAGCAGUACCAGAGCUACAACCUCAUCAAUUAAAAGAGCAGGACCUGAAGAAACGUCUCAGGUUCCUUUGUACAACGAAAGAUGGACUAUGGAAUCGCUGGACCCGAGAGUAUCUCACAGGACUAAGGGAGAGACAUAAAAUUGUUCGUGGAUCUAAAGCAGAAUACCCAAAAGUAGGAGAUGUUCUCAUUGUUAAGGGAGAAAACAAGAAUAGAAAUACCUGGAAACUGGGAAAGAUCGUCCGACUUAUUACCGGCAGAGACGGAGUGGUGCGAGGCGUAGAGCUACACACGGGAAAUGGAAGACUGGAGCGACCGUUGAAACUAAUUUACCCUUUGGAACUUCAUUGGGAUCAAGAGGCUGUCGAACGGGAAACUCCACCACUUAAUGCACAAGCGAAAGAAUUCAGACCUAAAAGGAAAGCGGCAAAGAAUGCGGCAGCGAAUAUCAAUAAAGUACUUGCGGAGAAGAGGAGACGUUGA